AUGAAAGAACCCUACCCAUAUGUUGGUGGAGAGACAAGUGUGUUCGAUUAUAUUGAUUCUGAUGGCCUUUUGCUUUAUGAUCUGCGUGAUGCUGAAGCUAGUGAUAGGCUUCUGAUUCUGUAUGACUAUCCAAUCAAUGCCAUUGCUGAUAAUACCACUGGUAAAGAUGGUGGAAGUGAAAGUGAUACUGACAGCAUCGAUGGAGAUUGGGAUGAAAGAGAUUCAGAAUAUGACCAGGAUGAUUCUGAGAAUGAGUAUGAAGAACAUGGGUCAACUGGUAAUGGUGAUGAACAAGGGUCAGAUGGUAAUGGUGGUGAACAAGAUUCAGGGGGUGCAAAACAGAAAGCUUCUACAUCAGCAGGUAGAAAAAGAAAGGUGCAGUCGAAACCCCUAAAGAAUUACAAAUAUGACGAGAAAAACUACGAUUACAAUAGUUGCUCAGAGGUUAAACCAGAUUCCAAGGAAGACUUGAAAAGUCUAAAUGGAUCAGAUGAAGAAGAUGUAGAGAAGCCUUUGGUAUUUCAUCCAAAGGACAUGCAGAAACCACCCCUUCAAUGUGGUCUGACUUUUAGUUCUCGGGCUGAAUGUAAGGAAGCCAUCAGACACUGGAAUAUAAGAAGAGGUAGGAGAUGGAGGUUCAAGAAGAAUGACAAAUGGAGAAUUAAGGCUGUGUGCAGGACGGGGAAAGAUAUUUGUGACUGGGAGAUAUUUGUGAGCAACUGUACUGGGUGUCCUGUGGUGACGACAUUUGUGCCUCGUCACAAGUGCAAAUUCAGGCAUAAGAAUAAGAGUGUAACCUCAGGCCUUGCUGGCAGGGGGCCUGCUACAAGUGAGAUGCAAAACAGAUGUGGUUCCUGUGGGAUCACAGGUCACAACCGGAGGACGUGCCGCUUCAUUGAUCCUGAAGAAGGGGUUGUAGACCUUGGCAGCAAUGAGGAUGACCUCUCUGAUGUGGGAAUAUAUAACAUCAAAAUGUUCAUCUGCGGGGUUAAGAGAAAGCUUACCAUCUCUGAUGAGUCCAACAAGCAGUCAGUUGAUCUUGAUGAAAACAUCAUUGCUGAAAUAAAGGCCAUUGAAGCUGAAGCAAAGAGGAAAAUAGACCAGUUGAAGAAAAAAACGAAAACAAACCAUCACACUGAUGUACAUGCUUCUAAGCAAAAUGUGACAAAACAAGCUUUGAGGAGAAGUCCAAGGAAAAUUGUAAAACCUGAGAGCAAACAUGCAUCAGAACAUAAGAAUAAGGGCAUCAUGCAGGCCAAAGGAGUAAAGAAGGCUACUAAGACAAAAAAGAGAGGAAAUCAGAAGAAAGAUUCUAGCUUUCAACUUAUUGAUGAACCAGAUGAUGAUACAAGCCAGAAGAAGGAAACAGUUGCACAAGUUGCAUCUGUUGAUAAGACCAAAUUUGAAAAACUGUUUGGUGAUGUUGUGCCCCCUCAGUACAAGGUGAGUUAUGCACAUAAGAUAACUCAACUACACAAUGUGAAGAAAGCAAAUUUUCAGCUAAAUCAGACCACACAAUUGGAGAAUAUGAAGAAACCAGAUGGUAAGAUUGAUUGGACCUCGCAAAGUACAUGUGACAACAUUGUUGAUCUGACAGCCAAAGCUAUUGCACGAACAAAUGAGCUAAUUAAGAUGUGUGGAUUGGGAGACCCUUCUUCCACAAUGUAUGCUCAGUCCACCAUUUCUUCUAAGAAGACCAAACCAAUUCCAGCAAAGGCAGUUACUGCAAGGACCAAUGAGUUACAUGCAAUGUAUGGUCCUCAUAUGAAACAGGAAGAUAUUGCUACUGCAAAACCGAAUAUGGUGGAUUUCCAAUCCCUCAAAAACCCAAAGAAGGUCACUUUCUUCAAUGGCACUCCGGAGCUUGAAUAUGAAGAAGAUGAGUUCGACGAUUUGAUCGCUCCACACAAGAUGAAUCUGGUUGGCAAAUUCUCGUAUGGUCGACCAAAAAUGGAGAUCUUGAGGGAAGACUUUAAGAAAAUUGGAUUCAAAGGUGGCUAUGACCUUGGUCUUAUGAAUCCGAGACGUGUUAAUUCGUUUGAGGAAGAUCCUCCGAUCGUCCCAAUUUGGGUUUCGCUUCAUGAGCUGCCUUUGGAAUGGACACACCCUACGGUGCUCUACUCCAUUGCCUCCGCUGUUGGGAAGCCCUUGCAAGUGGAUACACCAACCCUUAAUUUGACAAGGCCUUCCGUAGCGCAUUUCUGCGUGGACGUUGAUCUAAUGAAGGAUUUGCCAAAAUCAAUCAGAAUUGGGAAAAAAGGGAAGAAGUACGAGCAGCAUUAUACCUAUGAACAUGUUCCGUCUUAUUGUCCAGCGUGCUGCAAAAUUGGACAUAAAGAAGUGGACUGUAGGAAAGGAAAAGGAGUGAUCAAAGAGGAUCUGAAAACGGCAGAACGCAUUGCUGCAGAGAAAAUUUCGACUGGGGCUAAGGGUGGCUUGCGUUUGCAGAAGAAAAAAGUUACUUGGGGUUCCAAAAAAAAAGGUAAAAGGGACGAUUUACAGGUCACUAUCAUUCAAGAAAACCCUCUUAUAGUUAAGGGCGUAGAAAAAUCACAGCCUGCAGGAAAUUUGAUGCCAGCGGAAACUCAUGCCGGGGAAUCGACUUGGGGCUUGUCGGCAUUGGAGAAAAGAGCUAUUCCCGUUGAUAUUAUUGAUAGUGAACCUCUGGAUUCUGGUUGUCAAAAGGUGGGAGAUGUUGAUGGUGUACAAAAGAAAGUCAUCGCGCAAGGGAACGAUGGCUCUUUUGAUCCUGAGACACGAGAGGAAGAAGUUUUGAAGAAGAACAUCAUCGCGCAAGGGGAUGAUGGGUUCUCUUUGCAAUCACCUCCUUGA